AUGCGAUCCGGAAGGAAGAUGGAAUCAUCCGAAAGUGUUUUCAUAGAUAAUAAUCAUGACGAUGGAAUGCAAGCACCUUUACUUGCCAAUGAAGAGAAUAACGAAAAUUCUUAUCGAGUAGAAUCAUCUUCAUAUCAUUCACAUAGUACACCUGCACGAUAUGUAGUGGCAAUAUGGGCUUUUCUUGGUUUUCUUUGUUUGUAUUCAUUACGAGUGAAUCUCUCUGUAGCAAUCGUCGCAAUGACAAAAUCUCAUUUAGUAAAUAACGAAUCAUCUGAUGCUUGUCCUCCUAUCAAUAGUGAUAACAAUUCGUCGUACAAUCCAGAAUUUCAUGGUGAAUUUGAUUGGUCUCCAAAAUUACAAGGAAUGGUCUUAGGCUCGUUUUUCUACGGUUAUGUUCUCACACAAAUUAUCGGAGGAAUGUUAGCUGAACGGUUUGGUGCUAAGUGGAUUUUUGGUGGUAGCAUUUUUAUUGCUGGUAUUCUCACUCUUUUGACACCAAUGGCUGCAAGAAUAAACGUUGGUCUUCUGAUCGCUAUUCGACUGCUGAUUGGCGCUAUUGAAGCACCUGCAUUUCCAAGCGCAACUGCUCUUUGGGGUCGAUGGAUUCCACCAUUAGAACGAAGUAUAAUUCCACCAAUUGCCAGUACAGGCAAAGAGAUUGGAAUUAUUGUGACAACACCAUUAGUGAGUCUUCUAUGUGAAUCAACAGUUUUUGGCGGUUGGCCAUCAGCUUUUUAUCUCUUCGGUCUUCUUUCUUGUCUCUGGUUUAUUGGUUGGAUAUUCUAUGCGUAUAAUUCUCCAGCUGAACAUCCACGAAUAUCAAGUUCAGAGAAAAUUUAUCUUCUUCGUUGUAUUCCAAGAGCAAAAAAAUCGACCACACCUUGGAAACAUAUUCUCACUUGUGUUCCUUUGUACGGCAUUGCGAUUCAACAUAUCUGUACAAAUUUUGUUUUCUAUAUUCUAUUAACAUCGUUACCAACAUAUUUCUCGACCAUUCUUCGAUUUAAUCUACAACAAAAUGGAAUUAUGUUUGCAAUACCUUAUUUAUUUCAACUUGUUUUUACAAUUAUCUCCGGUCAGAUAGCUGAUCGAAUACGAGCGAAAGGAAUUCUCUCCACAACAGCUACACGACGAUGGCAAACCAUCAUUGGUGCUUGCGGAACUUCAUUAUUUCUUGUUUUAGUCGGCUAUAUCGGAUGCGACCAUGUUUUAGCAGUGGUGUUCAUCUCACUUUCUGUUGCCUUCAUUGGAUUUCAAGGAUCGGGUAGUCUCAUCUCACAUCUAGACAUCGCGAGUAAUUAUGCGGGAACAUUGAUGGGUAUCACCAAUAUGUUAGCAGCAGUACCUGGAUUUGUUGGACCAAUGUUUGUCGGCUGGAUAACUAAUCACAACCAAACUUUAUCAGCAUGGAAAAUGAUCUUCAAUGUCUCAUCUGGCAUUUGUCUUUUUGGCUGUUUUGUAUAUUGUAUUCUAUUUGAUGGUGAAGAACAAUCAUGGAAUCGAGAUGAUGCUGAAUAG